AUGACAUCCUUCCUGACCAACCUCGUUCAAUCUAUUUUCAUUCCCGGUCCUACACCAACUCUACUCGUCGCAACCAAUGCAACCUUCGCGUGUCUUCAGGUGCUACUAUUUGUUCUCUUAGUAUCGACUUAUAGCUACCAUUUUCUCAUUCUAUCAAUCCUCAGCGCCAGCCUAUGGUCUUCAAUAAACUGGUUUGUCAAUGAACUUAAGGCGGCACAAUCGGAUGAAGCCCAAAAGAAGAUGAAUGAUGGUAGUUUCAGCAAAUUAAAUGACGAACCAAUCAAGCAUGGGUCUGAGAAGCCGAGUGCAAUAUCAUACUCUAAUGACAAAGAGAUCACGAAUAAAGGUUCCAUCACAAGGGAUUUUACGAGUUGCAGAGAAGAGAAGAAAUAA